AUGUUUUCAUGGAACACGAGCAGCAUUGAUUACUGUUCUUGGAGAAGUGUCCCUUGCGAUGCUAAAUCCGGUGAGGUGAUAUCUCUUGUUCUUCAAUACUACUCUCUCAACGGCUCUUUGAAAUCAAACAGUAGCCUUUUUAAACUCCAACAUCUUCAUCACCUAACCCUUUCUGGUUGCUUUCUGAGAGGAGAGAUCCCUUAUUCACUAGGAAACCUGUCUCACCUCAUGGAGCUAGAUCUUUCUGGAAAUUACUUGAUAGGUGAAAUUCCUUCUUCACUAAGCAAGCUUGAGCAGCUAGGGGUCUUGUAUCUUGGGUCCAACAAUCUUAUAGGAAAAAUUCCAUCUUCACUAGGAAACUUGUCUCGUCUCACAGAUCUUGAGCUUGGUGGGAAUCACUUGAUAGGUGAAGUUCCAUCUUCAAUAGGCAACCUGAACCAACUAACAUCCCUGAGCUUUUCCUCAAACAACUUGAGUGGUAACAUUCCUAUUUCAUUUGCCAAUCUCAACAAGUUAUACUUGUUAUUCCUUAAUCGAAAUCAAUUCAGCAAUGUAGAUUUCCUUCAUAUACUACCAAAUUUAACCAGCUUAUCCUACCUUCGAGAAAUCAGACGAAGUUGUCUUCGAUGGAACUCGCUUUGA